AUGCGGAGCCCGGGCCCGGCGGGCGCGGAGGCCGCGGGCAGAGCGCGGGCGGCCGAGGAGCCCGACGAGGAGGCGGCCCCGGCCCGGCCGUCGCAGAACAUCGCGGUGCAGACCGACUUCAAGGCGGCCGAUGCAGACGUGAACACGGACCAGGACAUCGAGAAGAACCUGGACAAGAUGAUGUCCGAGAGGGCCUUGCUGAAGGAGCGCUACCAGGAGGUGUUGGACAAACAGAGGCAGGUGGAGAAUCAGCUGCAGGUCCAGCUUAAGCAGCUCCAGCAGCGGAGGGAAGAGGAGAUGAAAAACCACCAGGAGAUCCUGAAAGCCAUUCAGGAUGUUACGAUCAAGCGAGAAGAGACUAAGAAAAAGAUGGAGAAAGAAAAGAAAGAAUUCCUGCAGAAAGAGCAGGAUCUCAAAGCUGAAAUUGAGAAACUCUGUGAGAAAGGCAGAAGGUUGCUGAAGGAGCAGGAGGAGAAGGAAAACAAGAUUGCCUCUCUGAUUGCAGAGCAGUCUGAUGAGAAGCAGCUGUGGGAGAUGGAGCUGGACAAGCUGAAGAACCAGCACAAUGAAAUCAACAGGAACAUUCUUGAGGAGACAGAGCGGGCCUGGAAAGCAGAGAUCCUGUCCCUGGAGAGCCGGAAGGAGCUGCUGGUGUUGAAACUAGAAGAAGCAGAAAAAGAAGCAGAGCUACACCUCACCUACCUCAAGUCUGCGCCGCCCACGCUGGAGACCAUGAGGCCAAAGCAGGAGUGGGAGAUGAGGCUGAACAGGAUACGUAUGACCAAGCAGAGUGUCCGAGAUCAGUUCAACGACCACAUCCAGAUGGUGAGGAAUGGCACGAAGCUGAGCAGCCUCCCCCAGAUCCCGACACCAACGCUGCCUCCUCCACCUUCAGAAACAGAUUUCAUGCUGACGGCAUUCCAGCCCAGCCCAUCCCUGACCCCCCGGCUCCCCUUCCCCAUCGGGCCCGUCCCCGUCCCCAUGGUCAUGCCCAGCGCCGAUCCCCGGGCUCUGUCCUUCCCUCUGCUGAACCCUGCCAUGUCCAGGCCCAACCAGCCCUCGCCACCCCUGCCCGCCUCCCAGGGCAGGAGCAGCCCGGUGGUGGCAUCGCUGCUGGGCACUCACAGCCCCCACAUGGCCCCCGCUGCCCCCAUCCCUCCUCCGCCCGGCCUGGGCGGCGCUGAGUUCCCCCGGGCCCAGCCGGCCGACAAGCUGGAGAAGCUGCUGGAGAAGCUGCUCACUCGCUUCCCUCAGUGCAACAAGGCCCAGCUGACCAACAUCCUGCAGCAGAUCAAGACUGCCCGGAGGACCAUGGCCGGCCUGACCAUGGAGGAGCUGAACCAGCUGGUGGCAGCCAAGCUGGCAGAGCAGCAGGAGCGGGCAGCGGCCAGUGCUCAGCCUCUGGGCCGGAUCAGGGCCCCCAUGUUCUCUGCUCCCCUGCCUCAGAUCAGCACACCCAUGUUCCUGCCCCCGGCCCAGGUCGCCUACCCAGGAACGGCGUCACACACCCCAGCUGCCUGUAAGCUGUGUCUGAUGUGCCAGAAGCUCGUGCAGCCCGGUGACCUUCACCCCAUGGCCUGCUCACAUGUGCUGCACAAGGAGUGCAUCAAAUUCUGGGCACAAACCAACACGAAUGACACUUGCCCCUUUUGCCCAAGCCUCAAAUGACGGCUGCUGGGACAACGUGGGCCCCUGGGAGGAGUUGCUGUGAAUAGACAGGAUCAGUUCUAAGAUUUCUACAGUUCUAUAUUUAUACGAUCAUGUAUACACAUGUACAUUUUUAUUAUAUAGGUAAUGUGUGUAUAGAAAGUCUGUAAACAUACAAAUUCAUAAAUAAAGUGUGUAUAUUAUGCAGUGA